GCCAGGUUCAAUGAACAACAAACCGACCAAGCCAACCAAGGUCAUACUAUACAUCGUCCGUCCGUCAUAUUAUAUCCAUUUCUCAUCGGGCCUGCCCGGGUCGCCGCUGACAUGAAUCCGAUACAUGCAGUAGUAGAUGAACACACACAUGCCCAGCAUGUAACCCAGGCCGAUGUACUCGCUCCGCUGCCGAAUCGCAAACUCGCGGUACUGCACCGGCAGCAGCACGCCGUCCUUGCCGUCGAUCGACGAGGGGUUGUACGGUCGCUCUGUGUUGAUGAUCUCGUCCAGCUCGGAGCCACUCGUCAGUAACAAGGCGCCCUCGGGAGCACGCUGCACACAGAACAGACACAGAGAGAGAGCGGGGGAUUUGCGUGUGUGGGUGUCUGUCUGUGUAGGUGUGUGUGGGGGAGGAGGGAGGGGGUUGGGUAGGUACCUGGUUGCGUGUCAGCAGGGGUGUGGUGCCGUGUAUGAGCAGGCUCCUGACGGAGAUCUCUUUCUGCUCCUUGUCCAACACGUCUCUGUAGCUCUUGUCGAGGAACUGGAUCAUGUCUUUGAUGCGCAGAAACUUGGACGCAGUCUUGCCCCUCUCUAUCCCCCUGCACCAGACACACACAUGGAGAGAGACAGAAUGCCCGGCGGCGUAAGAUGGCCGACCCGACGCACCUCCGGAUUUCUUCGUUCUUGGUUUGGAAGUAGUCCUUGUCAGUGACGAUUCUCCUGGGGAUGCGCAGGUCCUCGACCACCUUCUCCACAACCCCCUCCCGCCCCUUGCUGCGGAAACUGAUGUAGAUCCGCUCACGCGCCCACAGAUCCUUCAAGAUCGUGUUGGCCGUCUCCUACACACACACACAGACACACAAUCGCAUUUCCCUCCAGAGACCAACCGUGUGUGGACGUGUGUGGAUGGGUUGGUGUGUGGGUGAGCUACUCGCCAUGGCGUCGGGGAUGUUGCUGGCAAUAACCCCCUUGGGGCCGCGCUUCAGCCACCCCGCCACAUAGAGGCCCCCGAUAAUCUGACGGAAGAAAAGAGAGAGAGAGAGAGAGAGAGGGAAGGUGUACGUGCGCACACACGCGUCCACCCACACCCACACCCACACGCACCUGAAAAGGUGACUGGUAGGCGAGCUCAACUCGCCCCUCAUGAUGGCACACGCUGCCGUCCUCCUCUGACAGUAUCAGCCCCGGCACCGCGUCGUGCUUGAAGCCCACCGACUUGAUGAUAAGGUUGCUCUGGACAUACUCAGGCUCGGCGUCGGGGCCAUCCAAUGGCACGGCACGCUGCCGGCCUGGCUCUCCCUGAACACAGGACGCAUCACACACACACACACACACAAACGAAUGCAUGAAUGGAUGGAUAGAUUUCUGUGAGCCCGUGGUGUGUCGUGGUUGUGGGCGGUGUGGCUGAGCUGACUUCUAGCCGGUUUCGCCUGAGUUCGAUGCCAUCGGCGCGCCAUGGCUCUGCGGCGUGUGGGGUGAUCCUUACGGGCGAGGUAAGAAACCGCAGCUGGAUGAUCUUUUUGUCGGUGAUCUCGCGACGGUCCCACUGCACACACGCAGAGCAGAUGAAUAAGAUAAAUGAAUGCAUCUAUGCAGCCAUAUGCCUUGUCUGUCCAGACAGCCGCGGCGAAGUGGAGUGGGUACGUUCGUUACGUUUUUCAUCAUGGUUUCGAUGAUGGGCAUCAUGCGCUGUUUGCCCCUGUUGCCCUCCAUCUCCUUCUUUGACGCGUCGUUCAUGUUCGCCUCGUACUCCUGCACCCACUCAUCCAUCCAUCCAUCCAUGUGUGGCAACCCACCCAACCAGGGCAGGGCACACUCAUGGUGCCUGCCGUGCUUUGCUGACCGCUGGAUCAACAAUGGGCAGAACACCGUCAAGCUGAGUCAGCUGCACACACAACACACACAGACAGGAAGGAGGGCCUCUCUUGACCCCGGAGCAAGGUACUGGUAGUGUUGUGUACUCCCGCCCGCAGCGCACGGACACAUCACAUACCUCUCUGAGCUCCUUGUUGGUCCACGCGGCCUGCACCACGCCCCGCCUGCCAACGACGUGCACCCACCGGAUGGCACUCUGGCGCAAAGCGCUCUCGGCCAAGUCGCUGAUGUCCGUCUUUUCCAACUCCUACCGCACACACAUACACACGGAUGGAUGGAUGGAUGUCGAUGUGCUGUGGUGUGUGCACACACCGAGAUUUUCCUGGUGAGGACGCGGGCGCAGUCGAGAGCCACGUUGCCGUGCCUGCACACACAUGGAUGGAGUGGAUGGAUGGAUGGUAUGUGCACGCCACGCCCAUCAUGACUGACUUACCCGAUGACGACGGCCUCUUCGCUCGAGGUGAGGUCAGGCUGCACUGAGAAGGCCUCGGGGUGACCGUUGUACCAAAACACGAACCGACGGGCGGACAAGACGCCUGACAUAAGAUAGAUAAGGGAGGGCAGCACAGCACAGCACAUGUGUGUGUGACGGCACGGGCCUGUCUGUCUGUGUGUAUGUAUGUGUCUGUUCCUGACCUUCCAGAUCCUCGCCGUCCAGGCCGAGCAUUUUGUCCUCUGCCAGACAGACAGACAGACAGACAGAAAGCACACACAUGGGACACACCAGAGAACCCAUGCGUACAGGUGAGGCUCUCUCUCUGUGUGUCUGCUGUGCUCGUCCGCUUUGCGUACUUUGGCAGCCGUAAGCGAGCACGACGACGUGGUACCACUCCCUCAGCUGGUUGAUGCCCACCUCCUUUUGCUGCACUCAUCCACCCAUCCAUCCAUUCACCGCACCAAACCAAGCACACACACAUACAGACGGCAUUACGCAUCAACGCGCGUGUCCAAAUGUGUGCCCGUCCAUUUCCGUGUUCCGCGGACCAAUUCAAUGUUGCCAAAAUACCGCACACGCGGAUUGUUCAUCACCUGGCGGAAGGAUGCACACACACACACACAGACACACAGACACACAGACACUGAUUGCCUGGCUGGCUGGCCGGCAUACACACCCACCUCUUCGAAGUCGUUCAUGACGUUUUUGACCUCUGGGUGGUCUGGCGCCACGCCAUACCUCACCAAACCGCCAGGCAUCGGCAGCUUCUCGAUGAUGUCAAUCUAGAACACAGACACACAGACAGACAGACGCAGAUCUGUUUGGUGGCUAGCCGGCUGGGCUCAUCGUCCUCCUUCACUCACUGACUCACUCACUGACCUGCAUCAUUUCCUCCUUCUUGAGCAGGUACUUGGCCGUGUAGAACCCCGCCGGCCUGCAGACAAUGCCAAACAAACAAACAUGACCGGAACGAAUCAAUCAAUCAAUCAGCCAAAUGAAUGAGGCUCUCUCUGUCUGGGUAGGUGUAGGUGUGUGUGUUUCUCUUCUCUCUCUCACCCAGCGCCGACGAUGCAGACAUUGUAGUCGUCCCACCUAAAGCUGCCCUCCCGCACCUCAUCCUCCCACGGCAACACCGUCUGGCGCGGCUGCGGCUCGGACGGCGGCUGAUGCUUCUCCUGGAAGUGCUGCAGCUGGGAGAACCGCCGCACACGAGAGAUGAAUGGCCGGGGAGGAGGGACGGGCGGCGCAGAUGGAAGGCUGCACAGUGGCAGGACGGGCCUCGCGCGUGUCACCGAACGCCACAUUGCUUCUGCGAAUCACGCGAAAGCAGCAGCGGUUUCAGGGAGCACCG